AUGUCUACUACCGCCAUCCCCGCCGAAAAUGGCGAACCCAAGAAGCAGCCCGUCGUCUGUGUAUUCUGCGGCGCCUCCGAAGGCACAUCGCCAGUGCACAUGGCCGCCGCGCGCGCCCUCGCAACCGCCCUGCACAAGGCGGGCAUCAACCUCGUCUACGGCGGCGGCACAGUCGGGCUAAUGGGCGAAGUAGCCCGCACGCUCGUUUCCCUCUCCGGCCCCUCGAGCGUCCACGGCAUCAUCCCGCGCGCCCUGACCGCGCUCGAGCAAUCCCCGUCUUUCGACCCUUCGAACCCCGCUUCGCACAUCGAUGCCUCCGUCUACGGCCGCACGACCGUCGUGCCGGAUAUGCACACACGCAAGCAGAUGAUGGCGCGCGAGGUCAUUGCUGGCGGGCCGGGCGGUGGCUUCGUUGCGUUGUCGGGUGGGUACGGGACGUUUGAAGAAUUGAUGGAGGUUACGACGUGGAAUCAGCUGGGGAUUCACUCGAUGCCUGUGGUGGUUAUGAAUGUGGAUGGGUACUGGACGGGGUUGAUUGAGUGGGUUAAGAAUGCUGUGGGAAGUGGGUUCAUAAGUCCGGGGAAUGCGGGCAUCUUGGUGGAGGCAUUGGAUGCGGAGGAGGUGAUCAAGUGUCUGGGAGAGUAUCAGAAUGCGCCGGGACGGUUCAAUUUGACCUGGGACGAGCAGUGA